CAAGGGCAGGACCGCAUCCCGGAGCCGCCUGCAGCUGCUAGCUCUCAAAUCAGUCGUAACUAUUUCUUAUUUAGUUCAUACACCAAAGAGAGUAUCUCGGACCUUUGCUAUCGAGGUUACUCCAAAGUCUGAGCUGGAAAUCUGAGUCUGAAACGGGAGGCAAGACAUCUCGUUUCUGCCGACACCACGGAGAAAGUGACGGACGGAGCAGAGCCUGAGCACCGGGAUUUUACAUCGCUUCAGUUUAGGAUAUUUCAGCCAGCUCCAUUGGCCCAGCCUUGAUUUCUUUCAGGGUACCUGCUAUUUCAUAGAGAAUAAUACUAGCACUCGGUAGAGAAUGUUUAACUAAGGUCGUCUAUAUUGAGCAGGCGGACCACUUAAAACCCAUGCGUAACAGCGGUGGAUUUGGGAAUACUGCGUAGUAGUUCACCAAGCCAGUCUUCCGAUAAUCAGUUCUGUUAUUUGGAGGUAUCUACAAGCGAAAAGGAGAGCGACCAGGACCCUUUACUUUGUUCCGGAGGCUAAACGUUGAAAACCCGAAGCGCUCUCGGUGCGCAAUCCUUCCGAGGACGCUCCUGAAAUUGCCGACCUGCGCUUUGCCCUCGACAGAAAUUGGCAGCGGAGUCGAGAAAAAAGGGCAAAGCUUAUUAACUUUGCAUGCUAGAGGCUAGAGUGUGGAAUCUAAUUCACGGGGUUACCGGUGAAUUUGCAUAACAUCGGAAGAGGAGGAUAAACUUAAUCAACAUUUGACAUCGACAAAGCGACUGCUGGAUUUUGGAGAACAGAAUGAAUCCUUUUUAAUUUGGACCACAGAAGUAUGAGGCAGAUUGCUCAGUGAAUGCUACAAUCUGCAUGGAGUUCUAGUCUGCACUACGGAGCAAUUUAUGGUUGGCCGCAGAACUCCCCACGGCUGUAGUACUGUGCCCACCUCGCCAUGCUGGCCUGUCUGCAGAGGAGGCAAAACCCUCCACCCCAGCACCCAGUGUGUGCCAGCAAGACCCUGGAGCCCCCGCAAGCCCUUGGACGGAAAUGUGAGCUGGUGGUGCCGACACAUUCCCCACGUUACCCCACUGCGGCAGAACUUGAUGCCUUCGCUCAGAAGACGGCCAACAGCCCUCUCUCUAUCAAGAUCUUCCCCACCAACAUCAGGGUUCCUCAGCACAAACACCUUAAUCGGACUGUGAAUGGAUAUGACACCACAGGGCAACGCUAUGGCCCCCUUAUCCCAGGGGGCCCCCAGGGCCUGCUCGCCAUCCUCAAGGCCUCGUCAUCGUCAAUGUCAUCAACAGCCGCCUUCUUUCCUGCAAAAGGUGUUCUGAAGAACUCCGAAGGCAGACGGACUAAGCUCUCUCCAGCCCACAUAGCAGUUGCCCCAUACCCGCCCCCUAGUAGUAGCACUUUAGCCAGUGGCCACGGCCAAAUGGUAUACCACACUGGGCCCUCAAAGCCUCCUGAAGGCCCUGUGCUGUCGGUUCCCCCUAAUGUCACUGUAGCUGGCUCAGUGAUUCCUGUAACAGGGGGCCGAGGCCUGGCCCUGCCCGCACAGUCCAACCUCCCCUCCAUCCAGAGCAUCAUCUACCAGAUUAACCAGCAUUGCCAGGCCCAGGCUCUGCAGCAGGUGUGCCAGGGGGCCGCCGCACCGUCUAACUCCAGCCCCUCCAAGCAGGGCUCAACUGUCAUGGGGCUCUCUUCAAGCUCCUCAGGUGGAAGCUAUGUGGUGGGAAUGGGUCCCCAGGCUAAUAUGGUGUACACGGGGCCCGGGCUGCCUGCUCAAAAUGCAGAGGCGAUGAAGACGGGCGUGUAUGCAGAUGGCAUGGACUAUAUCCUUUGGCAGAAGCAGCAGCAGCAUCAACAACAACAACAACAACAUCAACAACAGCAGCAUCAACAGGCUGUGCUCCGCAUGUACAGCGGAGGGAGCGGUGGAGGGGGCGCCAUCAGCAAGUCCCCCGAAACUUGUGUUCCGGGGGGAGGGAUUAUGGGGCCGCAAGUGUCCUCCUCCUCCUCCAGACCUUACCACCUGACAGUGAGUGCCAGCGGUGGAGGCGGGAUGGACAAAGUCAGCUCUUCCCCUUUGAACUGCGUGGGUAUGCAUGGAAAUUUCUCAGUGGGUCAAUACUUUGCCCCGCCGUGGAACAGUGUGCUGGUGACACCUGACAGUGACUGCUACAACCCCCAGGAGCUUUUGGCCAACUCUGCGGGAGGGCCGGUCACAGGGCAUAGAGAGAUGGGCUACCCACACCACCAUCACCACUACCACCACCCUCAUCACCCUGCUAUAGACAGCGGGGGAGGUUUGUGCUGCAGCCUGCCCAGCAAGAGCAUGUGCAACACAUCAGUGCUGAGCAGCAGCUUGCAGUCUCUGGAGUACCUGAUCAACGACAUCCACCCACCUUGCAUCAAGGAGCAGAUGCUUGGCAAAGGCUAUGAGACUGUGUCAGUGCCACGUCUGUUAGACCACCAGCAUGCACACAUCCGCCUCCCUGUUUACAGAUAGAGGGGGAAGAAGAGGAGGAAGAGAAUCAAGAAUUGUGAAUUUGUGAAGAAAAUCAAAGUUAAAGAACCAAUAUGUUUUUGUUUUCUGGGUACAGAUUAUUAAGAGUGGCACUGCUUUAACUUGUGUGGGAGCUCAGAGAAGAGCAGUUGUUGUGCUGUGUGACCAUUUGGUUUGGUGGUUUACAGGCAGGCUGUGGGAAUCCCAAAUAUGAAAGGUGGUGGUGAUUGCCAUUGGGAGAGAAAAAGGGAUUUCACGAUUCUCCAGAUGUUCCAUUGUGUGGUUUGCCAAUAGGAAUUUUGGGUUGAUUUAUUAUAUUAUUUUUUCUUCAGUUUUGUUGAUGUUGUUUUUAUUUGCCUGAACUUUUUUUCAUGAGAAUCAUAGCUUGACAUGAAGUGCUUGUGGCACUUGUAUCCCCCUUCCAAAUACUAAGGAUGAAGCUACUGUGUAGGUUGUCACUGAAAGGGUCUUAAGGGCCAACGUUUAGGGCUGCUUUCAAAAUCCAAAACUCUGUAACGGUACACACAUAUACACACACACACACAUAGACAAACCGAAACACAAUGUUCUGAUAAGUGAGGGGACUCAAAUUAUACUCGGGUGUGUGUGUAAAAGGAUCAUAAGGUUGAAUUAAAAGGAUAGUACAAUAUUAGUUAUUAUUGCUGUUAUAAUUGAUACAUAAAUUGCACUGCUUGAAUCUUGUUGACUUUGAAGUUUGAAAUUCGGUAGUUUGGAUAUGAUAUAUUUAAGAAACUUGAAAACUUGAACCUAUUUUUUGUUGUUUUAUAUAUUUGUAGGUAUAUUAUAUGCAUUGGCUGCUAUGGGGAAAGUGUCUCAAAUGCUUUUUUUUCUUCUUUUAUUUUUCCACUUUUGAUUUUAUGAUUGAAUAAUUCCUCCACAAGCUGAUGUGCAGUUUCUUAUGUCCUGGUGUAAGGCUGAGUCGCUGCUUUGGUUCGUUGAGAACCUGGUCGAACCUGGAGAGCUCUUUUUCCUAACCAACACUGGAAUCUACAAAAGAUCUUGAAACAUUUAUUUAAAAAAGAAAAUGUUGCAAAAAAACAUGAAAAAGAAAUGUUACAAUGAAGAAUGUGACCGGGAGGUUAUUGACUUAACCUUAUGUGUAUGUUUAUGCGUGUAUGUUGCUGAGUGCAUGCGCGUGUGUGCAUUUUAGUUUGUGUUCUUCAAAAAUCCUCAGACUUUGUUUAUUUUUUAUUGUGUCAUUAUAAGAUUUCUACCACCAAGACUGAAAAACGGAUUCCCCAUAAACAUCAUAUCUGAGUAAUGUACAGGAAAUAUUUUGCAGAUCUCUUUUAUCCGAGGCUUUAGAUAUUCUCUGGAGUUAGAGUAGAGAUCAAGCUCUCACAUGACUCCCAAUGGUAGUUACUGUGAUAAAUACUUUUGUCAAAUGUCAUCACAAAUGACAGAACAAAUGGAAGUCCUAUUUUGGGGGUAAUAUUCACCCCUGAACCUACAAAGAACUACAAAAUGGAAACAAUCAUGCCCUGUCCUCAGGCAUCACGUGAAAUGAGAAGAGGCUCACUGCUCCCCUUGUCCUUUUUAGUCCCUGGUUGCGAUACAUUUAGCCAGGGCCAGUCUUAACUUGAUGAUUCAGAGCAGUGAAAUAUUUAUUAUGACUGUGAGAUUCCCUUGAAUGUACUGCACUUAAAUUACUGCGAUGUUUUAUUGCCUUGUGGGACUCAAGCGAAAGAGAAAAAUUGGAUCAGUGCAGCAGUCCUCUGAUCUUAAAUUAGCAUUUCUUUUGUCCAUCAAAUUUCAAUGGUAGAUUGAAUUUAGUAACUGGAGAGAGGGAGCCGGAGCUUUGUUGUGAGGAAAAUACUGGCAUCAGUCUAGAUUUAUGAAGUGCAAUUAUUAUGACUGUAUUAACAUUUUUCUCUGAGCUUACACCAAAAAAUGUAAACUACAGUUGUCAAUACAUUCCCAAUGUACCACAUCCCUUAUCCCUAUCCUUUUUUUGUUUUGAGGUGUAAAAUAAAUUUCUUUAAGAAUAUAUUCAGAAGCCACAUCCUGGCUUUGAAGUCUGUCAUUUUUUAACCUAUGUCCUCUAGUCGUCAGUGUGAAAUUGGGCCCUUGUGUCAGCAGCAGCUCUCUCAAAUCCAGAGUGGAGCGCGGUGUGUGAUGUAGAUCCUUUAAUGUCCUGUAGCGAUUAAUCCUCUGUCUUAAACUAUAUUCGAUUGAUAAUUGUUUUAAUGUUUUUUUUGGCCAUCCAAAGAUAAAGGACAGACAGCAUUGUUCAACAAAUAAUGGAUUUACACAAAAUGAUUAACUCAAAGCAUAAAUUAAUGUUUGUUAACAUUAAUGCACAGACCUGUUUUCCCCUAAAAACAACUCCUGCUUAAUCGUAACUAUGAGCCUUAAAUGUUGAUCCAAUUGUGUUUGUAGACACACCACUGUCUUUGAAAGCUGACACAGAUUUUAGUUGAAAUAAUAACAAGCCCCUUGGCUUAAAUUUGCACAGUAAGCCUCCUUAACAUUCCAGUGAAAAUGUUUCAUGUUGUUUCAACAGCUUAAUACCCCAGCCACACUGUGAUUCUACCAUAUUUUCUGUCUUGUAGAAAUAUUUUGACAGAUUUACAGAUACAUCCCGUUCCUAAAUCCCCUCCGUUUGGCUCCUGCAUCCAAGCAUUAAACCCUGUCACAUGAUGUGGAAGUGAAGAGGAGACACUUGAGGCAGUGGAGUUUCUGGUGUCUGGCCUUUCCCACCAGUGGAGGUCUGAGGCACCAGGCCUCUUUGCUAAUGGGAAUAUUGGGUGACGCCUGGCUGCUGGACACCGCCAGUAGGGAGUAUUCAUUCACUCAAAGGGUUGAAAUAAAACCCUUUUCAAAUAACAAGGGAUUUCCUAUUAGGUACUGCAAGGAAUCUGGCCAUUUGAAGCCCAUUAGAAUGAAACAGAGAGAAGACGACUCCAAAGAAACCAAUUUAAUUUAUAUUUCAGCAGGAACAUUUGAGUCAAUUCGCACGUAGAGCAUAUAGGGCUGCCAUUUAAAUACGUUUACCAUCUUUGCUUUGUGGCAGCAUGUUCGACUGUACAGGCUCCAAACUGUCUGUCCCCCUGGUCCUUUACACACAUUAAUGAGCUCCUAUUGAUGGGAUGCAACUUAGCCCUGCAACUAUGCUCCAUUCCACAAUUCCUGAUUUGGACAAUGGAUGCUUAGCCCAUAUUAGGAUAAUAGAAUUAAAUUUCAAAUAGAUCUGUGCCUGAGCUGAUCCAUGCAUGGCUCACUCAGCUGCAGAGGCAGAGUGGCAUAUGGCAUGUCAUUAUCUAAGCCCACCCUCCCCCUGUCCGGGGCCAACAGGGUUCAGCAGUGCUUAAACAAACUGAAGGUUAGGACUGGCUGGCUGGCGUUGAAGGGGAGGACAGCAGGGUUUUAAAGGAGGGGGGUGGGGUUUGCUAAAUCACAGCCUCCUCAGCGUCUCGGAGGGCCUCAGCACCGCACCAUGGCGCCUGUGCUCAGAGGCCUGCUUUAAAAAGCUGGGCUGUGUUUGAUCGAGGGGAUUUGUUUUCUGUUGGACUAUACAUGGUUGCUCCCUGCCUGGCUGAGGGGCCCUGUGCAAUGUGACAGAUCUCAGCAAAAGAAAGAAAGAGGGAGAAAGAUACAGGGAGGGAUUUGGGGUCAGAGGAGCCUCGAAGCAUCAGUAAUCAGGAUAAUUGCCAUGUUCCUGGUGCUGGUUCCAGCCUCCCCUCCUCGACUCUGCGGCCUCAUAUUCAGAUUUGAGCUCAGAGGAACCACAUUGCUCCCUGUAACACUUAUUGUGCCUAAAUGUACUUAAUUCUAGUAAGUGAAAUAUUUAUUUGUAAUUAAGGUUUUAAUGCUUGGAAAAAACAGUUUCAAGUUACGUUGCCCAGGAAAUUAUAGAUUACUCAAAUCAGACAUCAUCUCAAGGAGGACAUUUAGAUCUAUAACUUAUCUCUGUGGCUACAGACUAUCGACUGUUAACACGUUUUCAAGGGCAAUGAGACGCUUGCGCAAAAGGCCUGAGGGCAAAGUGGAGGGGAAUUGACUUAUGCUGGUUGUAAAAAUCCCUUAGUAAAUCCCAAUAAGUCCAUGAAGACCUUUAACCUGAGCAAAGGUCUAGUCGCAUAUUAUGCACCUUAAAUGCUGCUGAGCAGGAGAGACAGCGUUCAAAGCAGGGUCAGCUCUUUCAGUCUCAAAACAGAAGGGACGGGAAGGAUAUAGAAAAUAAAGGCAGCUGCUCGCUCUGUAGAGUCUUGGCGCUGCUUCUCUAACCUACAGAUGACAGAGGGGGCAGGGGGGGGGGUUGAUGUCCCCUCCACACCUCUUUGGUCAGUCGUGUCCCCUGGCUGCCCUUGGGCCCCUGGGGCUCUCAUCUCACAGUCCUUCCCAGCAUCCCUCCCUAAUGUCUGCAGAAGAUAAAGUCAUGAGGCCAGUCCACUCCAUUUGGCUCCUACCUAGCAAGAAAAUACUUUAAUCAAUAAUGUAGAGAGUCCUGAAGAGGCUGGGAUAGUUAACCCACCAGCCUUAUAGCUGUGUUGCACAAUAUCAUCAAAAUGUGUUCAGUUUUUCAGCACAUUGCCAUCUCUAUUCGUGCUACUGAAUAAAGCUGGAUGGGUUGCGUGUAAUAAGCAAAUGAAAUGUUUUUAAAGAAAUGUUUUAAGGUCAAAUUCAGCACAGGUCACAAGAUAAAUCAGGAUAUUUCCUACACAGCCCCACGGCCAUUUAUCUAAAAGGCGUUGCAGCGGGUCGUAAUUCCAGGAGCUUACAGCUUUUUAUUUCUUCAGCGUCACAACUAUGUAUGUUCAGCUGAAAAAGCUUAUGGCCUCCAAAUAUUCAUCUAGUUAGUGUGCUGGGUAUACUGCUGUAUCCAAUCCAAACACAAAAGUCUGGGGAUUUUGCUUUUUUUUUUCCUGUUUCCUUUCACUGUUUGUGUGGCUCUCCGAAUGUUCCUGUGGACAAACAGGGCUGUUGUUCCCAAAUGAAUCUCAAAUGCACCAACGCUGCCAAAGUCUGAGGGUGCCGCAACCUUGAGAAAAUAAUAUAUAUGGAAAUGGGAAAUCUAUUAACAUCUUUCUUAUUGUUCUCCCUGCAGUGUUGUAUUUAUGUUUAAAAAAUGAUUUUGUCUCCUCAGGAUGAAAAAAUGUAAAGAAUACCUUGCUUUUGUUUUUGAAAAUGAUAAUAUAUGAAUCUUAGAUUUCGAGAGAAGAAGUCUGAAUAUUAAAAAAGCUGUAAAAUCCUUUCGUUGUGGGGUUUUCAACUUUUGAAUGUGCCUACAGUCAAGCAUCCCAGUGAUUGCUUACCUCCUACCCUCUCUCUUCUGCAGUUCUGCAAUCUCCCCCUAAUCUCCCCACAACCAUCAUCUUCAAUUUGCUGAAACUGCCACUCUCUCCCCUCACUCCCAACAACCACGGUAGAUAUUUUGUCUGUUCCCUGCUUUUUGUCAAUCUCAGGACGGAAAUUUCUUUAUUUUAAUGUAGAUGGUUGCUUUUCGUUUGACCUCUCCUCUCUUCUGUAUUAUUGUUUGACAUAAGUAAAUAAAGCAGAUGACUUCUA